AUGCCUGAAACAUCAGGAAAUACUCCUAACCCUAUAGACUUCAUGGCUGCAUUAUGCAAUAUGGCAGCAGCAAUGCAAGCGACAACUGAAGCCCUGGGAAAUCAGAUUAAUAAUGGAAACAAUGGUAACAAUGACGAGAAUGGUCCAAUGUCAUUGCAUUCCUUCCUGAAGGUUCACCCUCCAACUUUUAGAGGGACUUCGAAUUCUACCAAUGCUGAUAAUUGGAUAAAAGCUAUUGAGCGGGCAUUACAGGCUCAGCAGGUUCCUGAUAAACAGUGGGUUGAGUUUGGAACCUACCAGUUGCAUGGUGAAGCUCAGCACUGGUGGCAGGGCAUGAGGCGCAUUCUGCAGCUUAACGGGGGUGUGAUCUCUUGGGAGUUGUUCCUAGAAAAAUUCUAUAAGAAAUAUUUCCCUACCUCAGCUAGAAAUGCCAGAGAACUCGAACUGCUUCAGCUUAAACAGGGACAAAUGACCAUCACUGAGUAUCCAAGUAAAUUUGAGGAAUUAUGUCGCUUUUCACGCAUCUAUCAGGGAGCUCUUGAGGACUUUGCUGAAUGGAAGUGUAUAAAGUAUGAAGAAGGCCUUAGGAGUGACAUUCAGAGCUUUGUGGCACCUAUGCAGAUUCAGGAGUUUUCUGAGCUUGUGAAUAGGAGCAGGGUGGCGGAGGAUUAUGUCAAAAGGGCUGCAUAA